GGAAUGUGUCUGUAUCUGGAUGCCAGAUAUGCUGUAAAGUAUGUUUUUCUUUUCAGCGCAGGAAGCACUGGAUGAAACAGAGAAGGGAUGCUAUAAGAUCAGUAGAGGGUUUACUCAAGGGCAUUUAUUAGAUAAGCGUCAGACAUAGCUUAAUAGCUCAUGUGCAAGGGUCGAACAGGAAAAACAACAGGGUUGAGAACACAUUCUGCACUGUCUGUCUGUCUUCUCUCCCAGUUGUGUCUCAGUAGACAUGGCCAUGAGGUGCUUCUGUCUGCUGCUGGUGCUGCUGCUCGCUCUGGAUGUGUGUGAAGGUGACCGUGGUCGGGAGUGGGCUCACCACGGGGCAUCAAUGUUCGCCGACCUGACCCCCAAUGAGAUGCGCGACGUCCGGGACUACCUGCAAGGCAAGCCAGAGUUGGGACUGACAGCGGCCCGGGGCAAGUCCCUGAAGAAGAAUAGCAUUCUGCUGAUGGAGCUCCACCUGCCCCGCAAGCACGAGGCACUGAGGGCCCUGGAUCGGGGCCAGGCCAAGCCCAUGCGCCAGGCCAGGGUGGUGGUGCAGUUCGGGAACCAGUCCCAGCCCAACAUCACCGAGAUCAUCGUGAGUCCACUUCCCUUCCCUACCUCGUACAGGGAGAAGACCUUCAAGGGAGACAAGCCCAUUCGGUUUGAGUCACGGCCCAUUACAAAGGCUGAGUACUCGCACAUCAUCGACAUCUUGCAGAAGAUCACCGCCAAGGUCCACAAGGUGCUGUUUGAGACCACGGGGGGAUUUUCCUUCCACAACUGUACCGACCGCUGCCUGACGUUCGCUGACAUUGCACCCCGUGGUUUGGAGUCAGGUGAGAGGAGGACCUGGAUCAUGCUGCAGAAGUUUGUGGAGGGCUACUUCAUCCAUCCUGUGGGCUUUGAGGUCCUGGUGAACCAUAAAGACCUGAACCCUGAGCGCUGGACGGUGGAGAAGGUGUGGAACAAUGGCCAGUACUUUGACAAGGUGGAGGAACUGGCGGACCAAUACGAGAAAGGAACACUGGAGAAAGUCAAACUUCCUGACCAUGACGACAAGGACUUGUACUCCACUUACAUUCCCCGUGGGCACAGCAACACCCGCACCGACAUCCACGGCCCCAAGCUGGUGGAGCCCCAAGGCCCUCGCUACCAUGUGGAUGGAAACUUUGUGGAAUAUGCAGGCUGGUCCUUUGCCUUCCGUGUCCGCUCCUCAGCCGGCCUCCAGAUCUUCGACCUGCGCUUCAACGGAGAGCGCAUCGCCUACGAGGUCAGUCUCCAGGAGGCCAUUGCCUUCUAUUCAGGCGAUACCCCCGCCGCCAUGCAGACCAAAUACAUUGACGCCGGCUGGGCCAUGGGCACCCUGGACUUCGAGCUGGCGCCUGGCAUCGACUGCCCUGAAAUCGCCACCUUUCUAGACCUGCACCAUUACUACGAUACGGACAAGCCUGUACAUUACAAGAAUGCCCUGUGUGUGUUUGAGAUGACCACGGGGAUGCCUCUGAGGAGGCACUUCAACAAUAACUUCCAAGGGGGCUACAACUUUUUCGGUGGUCUGGAGAACCAUGUGCUGGUGCUUCGUACCACCUCCACCGUCUAUAACUACGACUACAUCUGGGACUUCCUCUUCUAUCAGAACGGAGUGAUGGAGUCCAGGGUCAGUGCCACCGGUUACAUCCACGCCACUUUCUUCACGCCUAACGGACUACACUACGGGUCCAAGGUGUAUAACUACGUUCUGGGCAACCUUCACACGCAUCUCAUCCACUACAAGGUUGACCUUGAUAUUGCUGGUCGGAAGAACAGCUUUGAGUCGAUGAACCUCAAGUAUGUGAACUUCACGAACCCGUGGAGCCAUAAACAUUCCGUCGUCCAAUCCAAGCUCGUCAAGACCCAGCACCAGACGGAACGCGGUGCUGCCUUCCGCUUCGGCAAGAAGUUCCCCCGCUACGUGCACUUCUACAAUCCCAACGAGAAGAACAAGUGGGGCCACCAGAAGGGCUACCGCAUCCAGUACAACUCCCACGCCGACAGUGUGCUGCCCCGUGGCUGGAUGGAGGAGAACGGCAUCAGCUGGUCCAGAUACCCGUUGGCUGUGACCAGACACAAGGACAGUGAGCCCACCAGCAGUAGUAUCUACACUCAGAACGACCCCUGGGAGCCGGUGGUCUCCUUUGAGGACUACAUUCGCAACGAUGAAAGCAUCAUUAACCAGGACCUGGUUGCCUGGGUGACGGUGGGCUUCCUGCACGUGCCCCACUCAGAGGACAUCCCCAAUACGGCGACGCCCGGCAAUGCCGUGGGCUUCUUCCUACGUCCCUUCAACUUUUUCGACGAGGACCCCUCUCUGGCGUCCCGCAGUACCGUCAUCGUCCGGCAAGUCAAAGAGGGCAAGCCCAAGGUCCAGAGAUGGACCCCAGAGGUUGUAGGUCACUGUGUGACUGACAGGCCUUUCUUCUACAACGGCACAUACGCAGGAGUCUGAGGUGCAACUGACAGGGAAGACACAUAAUGGAGGUUCCAUCCUUGGUUCUGAGGGUGGAAAUCAUGUAAAUGUGAAAUAAUAUAUUCUGACACAGGCAUUAAUAAAACUAAUAUUAUGUUGAUAUCGUUCCUGUUUAGAUGUGAAAGAAUAACAUUAUUUUUUAUGAGUAUGCAAAUGUAUUGCAACAAUUUACCAUUCCUAGACACAGGCACAUUUCAUUAGAAAUGUUCUAAAAUCAUAACUCACCGACACAUUUUACCAUUGUGCAUACAUACAGUAACAGUCAAAAGUUUGGACACCCCUACUCGUUCAAGGGUUUUUCUUUAUUUGUACUAUUUUCUACAUUGUAAUAGUGAAAACUUGAAGACAUGAAAUAACACAUAUGGAAUCAUGUAGUAACCCAAAAACUAUUAAACAAAUCAAAAUAUA